AGCGCUGCCAGCGGCUGCGGGAGGACUGGGAGGUGGGCAGCCUGGAGCUGCUGCGGCUCAAGGAUGAGAACUACAUGAUCGCCAUGCGCCUGGCACAGCUCAGCGAGGAGAAGAACUCUGCCGUCCUGCGCAGCCGGGACUUGCAGCUGGCGGUGGAUCAGCUAAAGCUCAAGGUGAGCCGGCUGGAGGAAGAGUGCACAGUGCUGCGCAGGGCCAGGGGGCCCCAGCCCGGGGCUGAGGAGAACAAGGAGCCGGACAGCGCGGACCUGGUCUCUGAGCUGCGUGCAGAGAACCAGCGGCUGACAGCGUCGCUGCAGGAGCUGCAGGAGGGCCGGCAGCAGGAGGCCAGCCGGCUUGGGGCCCCAGGCUCAGAGCGCAUCCUCUUGGACAUCCUGGAGCAUGACUGGCAGGAGGCGCAGGACAGCAGGCAGGAGCUGUGCCAGAAGCUGCACGCUGUGCAGGGGGAGCUGCAGUGGGCCGAGGAGCUUCGGGACAAGUACCUGCAAGAGAUGGAGGACCUGCGGUUGAAGCACCGCACGUUGCAGAAGGACUGCGAUCUGUACAAGCACCGCAUGGCCACCGUCCUAGCCCAGCUGGAGGAGAUUGAGAAGGAGCGGGAUCAGGCCAUCCAGAGCCGUGACCGUAUUCAGCUGCAGUACUCGCAGAGCCUCAUCGAGAAGGACCAGUACCGCAAGCAGGUGCGGGGCCUGGAGGCUGAGCGGGACAAGCUGCUGUCCACGCUCACCGAACUGGAAGGCACCAAGGCCCUGCUGGAGGCCCAGCUGCAGCGGGCCCAGGGCGGCCCCUGCCUCAAGGCCUGCACUUCUUCCCAUUCCCUGUGCUCCAACCUCAGCAGCACCUGGAGCCUGAGCGAGUUCCCCUCCCCGCUGGGAGGCCCGGAAGCAGCCGGAGAGGCCACUGUCAUGGGGGGAUCUGAGCCCCACACCUCGGAGGCGGCCACAGACGAUGAGAGGGAGAUCAACCGGCUGUCCAUUCUGCCCUUCCCGCCCAGCGCCGGCUCCAUCCUUCGCCGGCAGCGUGAGGAGGACCCUGCACCCGCUAAGAGGUCCUUCAGCAGCAUGUCAGACAUCACAGGGAGUGUAACGCUCAAGCCCUGGUCCCCCGGCCUCUCCUCUUCCUCAUCAUCUGACAGCGUGUGGCCUUUGGGGAAGCCAGAUGGCCUCCCGGCCAGAGGCUACGGCCUGGAUCUCCUCAACAGGUCUCUGGCCAUCCAAGUUUCCCCCGGGGGACCCGAACCCCAGGACAGAGGUCCAGAUGGCCUGCCGUUCCUUGGGGACAGCAAGUCCGGGACUGUGGUGCGGAGGGUGCUCUCUGGGCCAGGCUCUGCCAAGGUGGAACCAAGAGAGCCAAGGGCAGAGGCUGCUGGCCUGGAGGGGACAGGCAUGGAAGGUGAGGUCCAGCAGAGAACCUUGUCCUGGAACCAGGUGUCCACACUCCCUUUCCUGAUGGACUCUAAGGCUUGCCAGUCCUUCUACGAAGCCCUGGAAGCCUGGGUGAAGGGGCUGGGCGCCGAGCCCUUCUACAUUCGAGCCAACGUCACUUUGCCCGAGCGGGCAGAUCCCCAUGCCCUGUGUGUGAAAGCCCAAGAGAUCCUGCGGCUGGUGGACCCAGCAUACAAGCGGCGGCAGGAGUGGUUCUGCACACGGGUUGACCCCCUCACGCUGCGGGACCUGGACCGGGGCACAGUGCCCAAUUAUCAGAGAGCCCAGCAGCUCCUGGAAGUUCAGGAGAAAUGCCUACCCUCCAGCCGGCACCGAGGGUCCCGCAGUAAUCUGAAGAAGCGAGCGCUGGACCAGCUGCGGCUGGUGAAGCCCAAGCAUGCGGGGAGCCCUGCAGGGGAUCCCCCAGAGCAGCUGCUGCUGGAGUCCUGCUCAGAGCCAGAGUGUAGCCUCAAACCCUACAGCCUGGUGCGGCCGCUACUGGUGCCCUCCCUGCGGCCCGUGGUGCUCUUGCCCGAGUGCCUGGCACCUCGGCUCAUCCGCAACCUGCUAGACCUGCCCAACUCCCGGCUGGACUUCCAAGUGUGCCCAGCGGAAAGCCUGUCUGGGGAGGAACAGUGCGCACCCUCAGCACCCGGAGCCCCGAAGGCCCAGCCUGCCACCCCUGGACUGGGCAGCAGGAUUCGUGCCAUCCAGGAGUCUGUUGGGAAGAAGCACUGCCUGUUGGAGCUGGGCGCUCGGGGUGUGCGGGAGCUGGUCCAGAAUGAGGUCUACCCCAUUGUCAUACACGUGGAGGUGACGGAGAAGAAUGUCCGGGAAGUCAGGGGUCUGCUGGGCCGGCCGGGCUGGCGGGACUCGGAGCUGCUUCGGCAGUGCCGCAGCACGGAGCAGGUGCUCUGGGGGCUGCCCUGCUCCUGGGUGCAGGUGCCCUCCCACGCGUGGGGCCACUCUGAGGAGCUGGCCAAGGUUGUGCGAGGCCGGAUCCUGCAGGAGCAGGCCCGCCUCGUGUGGGUGGAGCGUGGCGGCACCAGAGGCUGUAGCAGCAGCGAGGCCUGAGGGGCCCUUUCUGAUGCCUGCGGCUUCCUCAUGCACUUCAGGAGCCACCACUGGGGACCCGGGUAUCUGGUAGAGCUGGGUCCUCCCUGUCCUGAGCCUUCCCAGGCCCUUGGGCUCAGCUCUGGGCUCUCACUGAGUGAUCCUACUGGAGCCGGGGCCCUGGGCAGAGCUCCCACCAGCCUGCCCCAUACUUGCUGCUCUGGGCCUUCUGUUGUGCCCUUGUGUCUCCGUGUCCCCACUCGUGGGGCUGGGUCCCUCCAUCACUGCUUACCUGAAGCAUCUGAGUUCUCACUCCUGUGUACUGUUUUACACAUUCAAGUUCUCACGGGCGGGCUCCUGUCUUUGCCUACCCCUUGGGCACUCAAGGUUUCCCAGGUUUUCAGCCUGUUCUGCUCACAGGAGCCCCAAGCCCACCCUUUGUGACUCCUGCCUGUCCAGCUCACAUUCCUUGUGUAUACCUCCACACGUGGGCACUGUAGCUGCCCUGGUCCACUGUCACCUGUGCCCCUGUGUCUUCUAGUCACACACGUGUCCGUGGUUCUCUCUCCUGUGUAAAUGUCAUGCCCACCCCCCCAUGACACUUGGGCAUUUAACACUCAUGUGUUCCCCGUGAGCACACCCAGGACCAUGUUCUCACAGCGCCUCCCCCCUGCCCUGCCUCCUCUCGGGACAGGUGGGGAGGGGCCCCGGUGCUCCGGCACCAGAAUGUACCGCUCGAGUUUAACGGGCCUUUUUCACUGAAAAGCUGCACAUUAGGGAACAUUAAACAGUUUGUCAUAGAA